AUGACCGGUAGUGACGAACCGGAAGAGACCUCUAGGGAUGACCCGCCGCUGACUCACGCCGUGGAAUUCUUUGGAUUCAAAAUCGUUAUUGAAAAAUGUCAGAACCCCAAAAACGGAAGAAGUCCCGUUUGGGACCAUUUUGAAAAAGUGGGAUCGUUAGGCGCUAAAAAGUGUAGAUGUUUGCAUUGUGAAGCCAUUUUAAGAUUUUGUGGAAAUACCACGAAUAUGCUGUCUCAUCUUUCGAUCCAUCAUCGAGAUAUUUAUUUGCAAGUUCAGACUAAACUGCAAAAGUCUCGACCAAAAUAUUCCUCAACGCCGAAACGACCAAGAUUAUUGGACGAGAAUAGGAACGAAACGGAAGAAUGUAAAAAUGAGGUGGAUGUGGAAAUAAAUGCUGCUGGUCCGUCAUUUACACCGAAGGACACUGAUGCUCCAACUUCGAAUGACAGGGGGAAUAGCUCAACCCAAGCAUCUUCUUCUUCCAGCCAUGGGAAAUUUUUGCUUCAUCUUCGCAACAGCGAAAAAAUGAAACAUUUUCUACGUCAAUUGAUGCUCUUUAUUGUGAGAGGAAUGCAUUGCCUUUCACUUGUCGACAAUCUCUUUUUCAUCACGUUUGUACGCUAUUUGGAUCCUAGGAUCACUUUACCGUGUCGCAGUAGCAUAACCCACAAACAUUUGCCUGAAAUAUUUAAGAAACUGGAUCUCUAUUUCAGUACUGUGGUUUCUAGUGAGGCCGAGAAAAGAACAAGAAACCACAUCGUUUUCAGUUCAGAGGAGAGAGUAAAGAUAGUCAGCAAUUGGCAGCUCAAUCUAUGCAACAAAACAAGUCUUCGAUCUGGGAAGGACACGAUGAAGCUUUCGCCAUGUAAAAUGCCAACAUUACUGCCAAGGACCAAACAAAGAAGCCAACAGAAUAAUUCUGACGGAAGAAUCUAA